UCCCAAAGACCAAAGCUUUUUUAACCGACAGCGUCGCCUGAUUGUUGAGGAAAUAGAAUAGAAGGAUAGAGACACGAAACCUACUGACUCAGUGAGCUAUGAGCUGUGACCUCUCCAUCUCUCUUAGAAAUAGGAAUUUUGAUGUUUGACGCAAUUGUUAGGUGCAUCUCUAACUCUAAGCAUCGAAGCCAAGCGCCCAAUUCCAUAACCACUGCAAAGCGUAUGGACAGCCUACCCAAUUAGCCAUUGACUCAUUUUCAUAACACUACCACUUACUCAUUAAUCUUAACCAUCAGAUCUGAGACUUUGAUCACCUCAAGACAACGCCACCUUCAAUUCUUUGAUUGCCCUGUUCUCAGUUUUUGCCACUCUCGUUGUUUGUGCUUAGCUUGAACUUGGGUCUGAGGCAAAAGAUGGGGGAGGGCGAGAGGUUUCAGCUGGGGACAGUGGGGGCGUUGACUCUCUCUGUGGUUUCAUCGGUCUCCAUUGUCAUUUGCAACAAGGCGCUCAUUAGCUCUUUGGGUUUCACUUUUGCCACAACUUUGACAAGCUGGCAUCUUUUAGUCACCUUUUGUUCCCUUCAUGUGGCUUUAAAGAUGAAAUUCUUCGAACACAAGCCUCUUGAUCAGAAGACGGUUACGGGUUUUGGCAUUCUGAAUGGGAUCUCAAUUGGACUGUUAAAUCUGAGCCUGGGGUUCAAUUCUGUUGGCUUUUAUCAGAUGACUAAGCUGGCAAUCAUCCCUUGUACUGUACUAUUGGAGACCCUUUUCCUUGCAAAGAGAUUCAGUAGGAGCAUUCAGAUUGCCCUCCUUGUCCUCCUCCUUGGUGUUGGGAUUGCAACAGUUACUGAUGUUCAACUUAAUGCUCUAGGAAGUGUCUUGUCUCUACUUGCAGUUAUUACAACAUGCGUUGCUCAAAUUAUGACGAAUACCAUCCAGAAGAAGCAUAAGGUUUCUUCCACACAACUUUUGUAUCAAUCAUGUCCGUAUCAAUCAGGAACUUUAUUAAUCUCUGGCCCAUUUCUGGAUUGGUUUUUGACCAAUCAAAAUGUAUUUGCUUUCAAGUACACAACUCAAGUUCUGGCUUUCAUAAUUAUAUCCUGCCUGAUCUCCGUCUCUGUAAAUUUUAGCACAUUUCUUGUGAUUGGAAAGACAUCUCCCGUCACCUAUCAGGUUCUUGGACAUCUGAAGACAUGCCUUGUGCUGGCGUUUGGUUACAUUCUGCUUCAUGAUCCAUUUGACUGGAGGAACAUCCUAGGAAUAUUGGUUGCACUUAUUGGGAUGGUUUUAUAUUCUUAUUUUUGCACUCGCGAGAGUCAAAAGAAGGUUUCUGAAGAAGCAACGCAGCCAUUGCAGGCUGGGGAAGGCGAAUCGGAUCCUCUAAUGGGUGUGGAAAAUGGAAGUGGGGGGGUGGUAACUGAUGCUGUUGCUCAGAAGGCCCCUGUAUGGAAAUCAAACAAAGAUUUGCAUGCGUGAAGGGUGAUGGGUGGCUGAGCUUUUUCAGCCGUGUUGAUUUACACACUAAUAGUAAUGGUAAUAUUAGCAGCACAAAUAGAGUUGUUAAAGCAAUGACAAUAUUUGUUGGUGUGUAUUAUUAAUUCUUCACCCUUCUUCUGUCUCCAAUUUAAUUUGAACAGGUCUGGCUGGCUGGGUCGGGCCUUCUCUUUACUAGUUA